GAAAAAGCUAUUUUAAUUAACAUGUCCAGCUAUAGCCCAUUUCGAAACGGUUUUUUUUAAAAUUCCUAUUACAAGCCCCCUCAGAUAUAAGCCCCUCUGUUUAAAGCCCAUCUAAAAACCCUUACGAAGAUGUAUAAGCAAAGGGCUUAUAAGCGGCAGCUUACGGUAUGACACACUCAUCAGACUGAUCAUAUAGAAACAAUUUAAAAACGUGAAAGAAGACAAAACGUACAUCUAUUGGACUGAUUUGACAUGUUCUGCUAUCACGUAGCUCAUUUUAGAUUGACAAUAAUAGCUUUAGUAACCACCAUCAUGUGUUGGUUUAAAUUCGGAGGUGUACUUGGAUCAGUGUACAAUACUCAUACAAGUUAUGGCGUAUUCAUCACAAAUAUUAACGUCACAACUUUUUGUACAAUUUUUAAAGGAAAUUAAUCGAUAAGAUUACUUACAUUCAGCAUGUUUUGAUUCAGCCAACUGUUUCGCCACAAAUGAAGACUCUUGCGAAGCCUCAGCAGAGAAAAAUCUCUUUGAAACCAAGUUCAAUCGAGAAAGUAUGCGCGACGCCAUCUUGAAACUCUUCGAACGGGCGCUGAUAGCGUCGAACAGACCUCUGGGAUGUUUUCGCGUAGAUACAGACAGACCAAUCAGAGCUCGCGAUGUAUUGCACCACCAAGAAUUUCUAAAAUGGUGGUUUUAGUUUGAGCUCACUGGUUCUUUUUCUCUGCAGCAACUGGUUGUAAGAAUCAAUCGUAUAAUGGAUUAUUUAGAAGAGCAAAGAGAGGAAGUUGAAACCCUGAAGUCUAUAUUUCCUGAGGAAUUCUCGGAGCUCAGUGCUUUCCCACCGGCGUUUAUGAUCAGAAUUGAUGACCUCAGCAUUUCCUCUUCUGUUUCAUCUCUUCAACUAAAGAUUUCACUUCCGUCAAAAUACCCGGAAGAAAUCCCUUCCAUCGAGAUACCAAACCGCUCGAACGCAAUGCCAAAAGAUUUUAUAGAAGAGCUCAUCAGCUUCUUGCGGCGUUCAUGUCAACAGUUUGUUGGAAUGCCAAUGGUGUUUGGUUUGGUAGACUCAGCAAAAGAAUGGAUCAAUGAAAAUGCGGGAAAGUUCAACAUCAUUGGAAAAGAUGAAACUGUAUCGCUUGAGAAUGAGGAACAAGUCAGUGAUCAGGACUCAGUGAACUUUCAAAAUGUUAAAGAGAAGCUAGAAAUGAUGAAUGUGAGGGGUGGAAGAUGGGACUUUGUCAUUGGUCUUAUUGUUCCUAUUCUUUUAGCUCUCAACAAAGUUGAUAUUUCUGGUGCUGUCAAUAAUCUGGCGAAAUUUCAAGAACAGUUCAGUGACAUGAUAAUGGUGCCAGUUAGUGCAAAGAGUGAGUGUAUUCUUCAGCAGAAGUGUAAGGACGGUCUUAUAUCAUACCAAAGUGGAGCCUCUCAUUUUGAUUUCAAUGUUCAGCAACAAGAUACAAAUGACAAGUCUGAGAAAGAAUUAAGGGACAUAAAAGACAGCAUUCUUCAAGUCUUUGGAAACACUGGUGUGCUGCAAGCCUUGUCACAAGCCGUGAAACUGCGAUCACCAGUCUAUGCAUUUCCUGUCAGUUGCCUUGACACCUGUCAAUCAAUCAGUGUCAUUACAAAUGACAAACCCCAAAUUCUCAGGGACUGUAUUGUUUUAAAACCAGGCACAACAAUAGGAAAACUCUUUGACAUCAUGCUUUAUCCACCAGUUUCUCUUCUUGCUGGAGAGUAUGUGAGGGCAGAAGGGGUAAAUUCAAAAGGUGUGAAAAAUGUGUUACAUAAACAAGAUGCUGUGAAUGAGUCGAACCAGAUUGUCAAAAUUAUGAGUACCAAGAAAGCUUCAUCUUCAACAAAGACAAGAAAUUAAAAAUAUUAUAUAUUUAUCCACUGGAUUAAUUUAUUUUUUCACAACUGAUGUGGAUUAAAAGAAAAUAGUGUUGAAAAACUCAUUAACUGUAAGCAGUAUUUUUAAUGGGUAAUAAAUUUCAAACAUUGAUAACAAUAGAUGGCAAGACAGACAUGUAAAAGAAAAUUGAACAACUGGCCUUCC